CCCUAACCCCUCCAUCCUGUGCUGUAGCUGCCCCUGACCCCUCCACAACAACAACAGUACAGCUGGUUCAGCCAUUCAUACGUCAACAAGCACGUGGUUGGCUUGUUAUCUCCCUUCUUUCAAGCAAUUAGAAGGAAGAUUUUAGUGUAAGACCUAAAUUCAGGCAGUGGGAUAAAAAUGGGUCGGAGCUCCAAGGACAAGAGAGAUGUAUAUUACAGGCUGGCCAAGGAGGAAGGCUGGCGGGCAAGAAGCGCCUUCAAGCUCAUACAGAUCAACGAAGAAUUCAACAUUUUUGAAGGUGUAACUCGAGUUGUAGACUUGUGUGCUGCUCCUGGAAGCUGGAGUCAGGUGCUGUCACGGACUCUUAGAGGUGCAGCAUCGGAUCCAUCAUUAGUGAAAAUAGUGGCUGUUGAUCUUCAAGCAAUGGCACCCCUGCCAGGAGUUGUUCAGCUCCAGGGUGACAUAACAAAAGUAAGCACAGCAGAAGCCAUCAUUAGUCAUUUUCAAGGUGAAACUGCCCAGCUGGUGGUGUGUGAUGGGGCUCCAGAUGUGACUGGCCUUCAUGAUCUUGAUGAGUAUGUACAAGCCCAAUUGUUGUUGGCAGCCCUUAAUAUUACUACUCAUGUCUUGGCAAAUGGAGGGACCUUUGUUGCUAAGAUCUUUCGUGGUAAAGAUGUUACGCUCCUGUAUGCUCAACUCAAGAUCUUCUUCAGGCGUGUCAGUGUAACCAAACCUCGGUCUUCUCGUAAUUCAAGUAUUGAAGCCUUUGUUGUUUGUGAAGAUUACUCACCACCGCCUGGCUACACCCCAACUAUGGUAAACCCACUACUUGACCUUAGCUACGAAGGGUCGUGGCAGGAACUUGAAGGAAUAAACCGUGUAAUUGUACCAUUUUUAGCAUGUGGAGACUUAUCUGCCUAUGACUCGGAUAUGACUUACCCUCUGCAGUUGGGUGAAGGACAGCCAUAUGAGUAUCGCCCUCCAACACAGCCGCCUAUCAACCCAGCCUACACUACUGCAGUCGCCAUGAAGCGUCAACAGCAUCCAUCUUCAACUAUAUCUGCUGACUCUACCCAAGAAAGUGAAAGUGUCACCACAAAGGAAAUUGAAAAUGAUAAAAGUGAACAAUGUGAGCAAGAGAGAGUACCAGUCAGUCUCCGUGAGACUGAUGAUGCUAGUGCACAACUGCAGCACUUGCAUAUUGAUGGUGCUCGGGGAAUUGAUAUUUCUUAAGAAACUGAUUAUUGUUUGAAAUACAUGUAUAUAAACACGUCUCCUCCAAUGGAUUAGUUGGGGCUUGACCAUUUCCAUUAGGUGGAAGGGGAGGGAAUUAUUAGGGGAAAGAGCCAAGCCAUUACGACUAUACAGUGACACCUCGGCUUACGAAUGCCCCUAUUUACGACAUUUUUGGGUUAUGAGCCCAAUUUCUUCUGAAAAUUUGAAUUGGGUUAUGAGCUUUCCCUUGGGAAACGAGUUUGUUGAUACGCAUAUGGCCGACCCAGUGCAUGGUGGCACGGCGGUCGUGCCUCAGUUUACCAGUGGCUCCCACCUAGUGACAAUCGCGCCUGAAUUCUUUGUAAAAAAAUUCAGUGUUUUUGGAUUUUUGGGUAUUUGAACAUAGAAGUCAUUAUUAUAUAUCUUGUCAUGGG